GUUAUUGUGAGGGCUGUCUCACGUACACACAGGACCAAAGGAAUGUGAAAUGGAAAUGGCCAGCAUGACUCAUUUAUUGUGGCAACCUCCCAUGACAACCAGAGAGUCCCUAGAGCACCAUAAGAAGGCAGGGGGCAGUGUUCCCGGACACUUUCUUUGUUACACUGUAACCAUGGGCUGUAAAGGAUCCAAGGUGCAGGUGGUCGAAGUGAAGCCCACUGAUGGGAGGAAGAGCGGAUGGGGGGCUCAUGGCAAAGGGAACCAGAUUGAAAAUGAGUUUCAUGAAAACUCCAGUGGCAGGGAUGGCUCAGCUACAUCAAAAGGCACCAUGGACAGUGGAUUGGGAAUGGAAGAUGAAUCUGCACGAGAAAAUCUGCCUGGAGUAGUAACGGAAAAAGAAAGUUCUCCCAGAACAGCAGGAAUAUUGAAUAAUGGCAAAGACUCUUUAUUGCUGACCAGUAGAAGUCAACAGGAAAGGCAGACGUCCUCAGAUAUCCUGGAAGAACUGAUGACUCAAGGAAUUAUACAGAGCAAAACGAAAGUUGUUAAAAAUGGAGAAGCCUAUGAUGUAAUGUUGGAAACAAUGGAAAAACCAUUAGGGAGACCUCCUGCAAAACUCGAGAAAUUAAAAACCAAGAAGACAAUAAAUACAAGCCUAACAAAAGAGGAUAUUGAAAGUAAAAUGAAAGCUGCUGAGGAGAGAAGAAAGACAAAAGAAGAGGAGCUGAAGAAAAGACUGAGGAGUGACAGGCCAGUAACUGCAUUACGGGGCAUAAGGGGAGAAGGUCCUUUCUCUAACCAUGAGCAACAUGAAGAUCCUUCCACUAUUCCACAUGAAACCUUAGAUUCAUCAGGAAAUGAUUUGAGUGAAAAUAUUCCAUCUAUGGGUCCACCUGAUACCUUAGAUUUUGAUGCAUCUAAAAAUGUAAUGAAUGAAAUGACACACAGCCAGAUGGUUAAUGAAGCUGCUGAUGAAAUAGUUGCUGUUGAAUCUGACAUCACAUAUAACAAUCCAAAUGUUAUGGACAUCGAUGCUGGAAGUGAUGACUUCUGAUGCACACUUUAGUUAUAUCCAAGAAUACUUACAUCCAGGCCACAAAUGAAAUUGCAAUUUAUAUGUGUAUAAGAGCAUUUGCACUUUUCCACUCGUGUAUAUUUUUUCGAAUAUUUCUAAUUCGGUUAUUUGCCAUCAACUGCUUCAUUAUUCUGUUGCUAUACUAGACAAUUUCAAAUAGGUUCCUAGAUUUAUCUAGAUGUAGGGCAUAUAGUAAAGUACCAGGGAACUUUGAAAUGUGCUGAUCCGGAAAUCUGUCUCUUUUCAUAUUUGCUGAUAGAAUACCCAAAACAUAUUGCAGACCAGACAAAAAACUAAACCACAUAUUAAAAGAUAAAAAGAAUUGCGGUGGGUAGAAAAUUGAGCCAAAGCCUUGUCCACAACCUGAUGAUUAAUAUUAUCCUCAAUGGCAAAUCUCAUUGGUUCUCAAGUAGGCAUGUAGCAGGAGGCUGGUCAUACAUGUAGUAUCUGAUGAUAAUCUGAGGCAUGUACAAGAAUAUGACAAUCCAAUUCUAACAGUAUCUCUAUCAUUUUCCCUUAAGAUAAAUAAUUUUCAAGAUUUUA